AUGACGACCACACGCAGAAGCGUAUAUAUCAAUCAUGAGACGGGACCCAUCAAACCUGCCUCCGAUACAUCUCUCGCACAGGCAUUCCACCAGCAGCUACCCGCCUUCGCCAGAACCCCUCUUAUUUCACUCGAGGAUAUCGCCCAGGAACUAGGCGUGAGAGCCGUCUACAUCAAAGACGAGAGCAACAGACUAGGACUACCGUCCUUCAAGAUUCUGGGUGCAUCAUGGGGAACUUACCGCGCCAUCACAACUGAGCUGCACUUGCCCGCCGACACACACCUCAACGAUGUCGCAAAGGCCGCCCAGACAAACAACCUCUCUCUCUAUGCAGCUACGGAGGGAAACCAUGGUAGAGCCGUUGCGGCCAUGGCCAGAAUUCUAGGCAUUCCUGCGCAAAUCUACGUUCCGAGCAGUGUUGAUAGUGAGGCAGUCACCAACAUCGCUUCCGAGGGCGCCAAAGUCAUCGUGAGCAAUUCCCACUAUGACGACGCUGUCUUGGAGGCUUGGCAAGCGUCAAAGUCAGUCAAGGGCGGUCUUCUGAUCCAGGACAAUGCCUUCGCGGGGUACGAGCAGAUUCCUGCUUGGAUCGUCGUGGGCUACUCUACUCUCAUUCGCGAAGCCGAGCAGCAGGUGGCCGACUACGGGCUGAAGCCGACAUUGAUGGUGACCCCAGUCGGCGUUGGAUCUCUGGCGCAUGCCGUUGUGUCUCACUGCAAGUCUGAGGAACGACACUGUGCAGUCCUAUCAGUCGAGCCCGAUACCGCUCCAUGUCUCUGGACGAGCCUGACGGCCGGUAAGCCAGUGACGGUUCAUACCUCGAGAACCAUCAUGGAAGGGCUCAACUGCGGUACUGUCUCUCUGACGGCGUUUGAUGAUCUGUGUGUAGGCAUCGAUGCCAGUGCCACAGUCUCGGACUUUGAAGCUCAUGAGGCCGUGAAGUAUCUCCAGAUGAAGGGGGUGAAGAGCGGGCCGUGUGGUGGUGCUACUGUCGCAGCGUUCCGACGGCUUGCCCAAGUGAGCCCACGGCCAACCUAUCUUUCCAAAGACGCCGUAGUGGUAUUACUGAACACAGAGGGUCCACGAAACUACAAGAUCCCCUUGGACGUGUCCACGGAUGACCCCGUCACGUUGACGCAGAUCCUCACGUCCAUCGACUCUUCCAACCCCGACCUAUCCAAGGCUUCAGGUGCCGGCGAGGGCGAGAUUGCCCACUACGUUUCUGCGUGGUUGCAACAUCGCAACUUUGAAGCGCACUGGCUGGAAGAGAGGCGAGGCCGACCUUCCGUGGUCGGCGUGCUCCGUGGAUCAGGAGGGGGGAAAUCAAUCAUGCUCAACGGGCAUGUUGACACCGUCAGCCUGUCGAGUUACUCGCCCAACUUGGAUCCUUUGAGCGGGGAACUCAAGUCGGACGGCGGAGGACGAAUCUAUGGUCGUGGGAGCGCGGACAUGAAGGCAGGGCUAGCAGCUGCCAUGGCGUCAAUGGCCCGGUGCAGCUCUAAAUCGAGCCCUCCCCUACGAGGUGAUGUGAUUCUCGCCGCAGUCGCCGACGAGGAGAACUUCUCCAUAGGCACAGAAGAGGUCAUCAAGGCCGGAUGGAGGGCCGACGCCGCCAUCAUACCGGAACCAACCAACCAGGAGAUGGCGAUCGCUCAUAAGGGAUUCAUUUGGGUUGAAAUCGACAUACUCGGCGUCGCGGCCCAUGGAUCUAAGCCUGAGGAUGGUGUAGAUGCCAUUCUACUCGCUGGUGCCGUGCAGACGGCACUCCUUGAGUACUCAAAGUCACUUCCCUCCGAUCCUCGGCUGGGAAAGGCAUCUUUGCAUGCCGGUCUCAUUCAGGGCGGCGAGGAGCCUUCCAGCUAUCCGGAACGCUGCACUUUGACAGUUGAGUUUCGGACCGUUCCAGCACAGACUAAGAAGAGUAUUCUUGAGGAUAUUGAGAGCAUCUUAUCCAGCAUCGCCAAGUCCAAUCCGGAUUUCAAAUAUGCUGCUCCUCGAAUGACCUUCUCACGGCCCUCGCUUGGGCAAAGCCCGGACGAUGAGUUCAUCAAGACCUUCGUCUCUGCUACCUCGAAGUGUCUAGAUAGGUCAAAUGUCGACAAAUGA